AUGACGCCGGAAAGCCCCUCGCCCGCCGACUCGGGCCUGCGGCGGGCCAAGCCGGAGUCCCCCCCGGGAGACCCCCCGGGAGGGCCCGUCGGGGGUCGCCGUCGCAAGCGUCCGGUGCAGCGGGGCAAGCCCCCCUACAGCUACAUCGCCCUGAUCGCCAUGGCCAUCGCCAACGCGGCCGAGCGCCGGCUGACCCUCGGGGGCAUCUACCGCUUCAUCACGGAGCGCUUCGCCUUCUACCGCGACAACUCCAAGAAGUGGCAGAACAGCAUCCGCCACAACCUGACCCUCAACGACUGCUUCGUCAAGAUCCCCCGCGAGCCGGGCAACCCGGGCAAGGGCAGCUACUGGACGCUGGACCCCGCGGCCCAGGACAUGUUCGACCACGGCAGCUUCCUGCGCCGUCGAAAGCGCUUCAAGCGCACCGACCUCUCGGCCGGGGGCAGGGCCGGGGGCGAGGCCGGGGUCGUGGCCGGAGCGGCUCCUCCCCCUCCGGGGGGCAGCGCCUUCGCCCCCCCUUACCCGACCGCCGUCUAUGGGGUCCCGGCCCCGCCGCCCCCCGCCCCUUCCCAGCCGCAGGCCUACCCGGCCCCGGGGUCGCCCCUGUUCCGCCUCGACGGCCUGCUGUUCCAGCAGCAGGUCCAGGGGGGCCCCGGCUCGGAGGCGACCCCCGAGCUGGCCGGGCUGGGCCCCCCGAACGAGGGGUCCGGCUUCCAAGCCCCCGCCGGGAGCCCGUCCGGGGGUCCCCUGGGCCGCGCCCCCGGUGUCCCGGUGGGGCCUGGCUACCCGGCCUACCCCCCGUCCCCUCCUCCUCACCUGCCCGGAUACCCCCCCGGGGGUCCUCAGCUCUACGGGGGCCCCGGACGCCUGGGGCUGCCCCCCUCGGAGCCCCCCGCCGACGCCCUCCUGGGGCUGGUCGCCGCCCCCCUCGGUGGGCUGGCCCAGUUCGGCCCCAACGGCCCUUACCUGCGGCAGCCGGCUUUCCCGCCGGGUCUGGACCGCUACCUGUGA